GUGACCAGAGUAACCAUUUUAUACACUACUGAGUAAUUUCUUUGUAAAUUUUCAAUAGAAGUGAUACUAAAAACUUCUGCAAACCCUUUUUAUCAUACAUCUUGAACUUAUUCGAUUGUGCAAAAGUGCCGAUUCGAAUGAUUAAAUAAUGUUUAUAUAUGGUAGCAUUAAAGAGUAAACAGAUAAUAGCAAACAAAUCGCCAGUGUAAUACACUUCAGCCUAAGUGAAAAAGUUACAAGGACGGGUCAUGUCCUCAUUAUCAGCUUCUGCAGAAAAUGUGUCUAGCACUGGAGGUGCUGCUAGCGUUGACCAAACAGCAGGGGCUUCAGAUGGAAGCUCAAGCAUGUGUUUGGAGCUGGCUUUGGAAGGUGAACGUCUGUGCAAGGCAGGUGAUUGCCGCGCAGGUGUGGCGUUUUUUCAAGCAGCAAUUCAGGCAGGAACUAAUGACCUGCGUACUUUGUCAGCUAUUUACUCUCAAUUGGGGAAUGCCUACUUCUAUUUAGGUGAUUAUGCCAAAGCCAUGCAAUAUCACAAACUAGAUCUCACACUGGCACGAACAAUGAAUGACAAAUUGGGCGAGGCCAAAUCGUCUGGAAAUUUAGGCAACACUUUGAAAGUUAUGGGGCGCUUUAACGAGGCUGCUAUUUGUUGCGAUCGCCAUCUGACAUUGGCACGACAACUUGGAGACAAGCUGUCGGAAGGUCGGGCGCUUUAUAACUUGGGAAACGUUUAUCAUGCAAAAGGCAAACAUAUGGGACAAGGGAAUCUUGGUGAUUAUGGAGAUGAUGUACGCGACGCUCUAAGCAAAGCUGUCGACUUUUACCAAGAAAAUUUAAAACUUAUGAGAGAAUUGGGUGACCGCGGUGCACAAGGAAGGGCAUGUGGAAAUUUGGGCAAUACUUAUUACUUGCUUGGAAAUUUCCAAAAAGCAAUCGAGCAUCACCAAGAACGGCUUUGCAUUGCAAGGGAAUUCGGUGAUCGGGCUGCUGAACGUCGAGCGAAUAGUAAUUUGGGAAAUUCUCAUAUUUUUCUGGGCCAGUUUGAAGAAGCUGCAGAGCAUUAUAAACGUACCUUGGCUUUGGCCAUUGAGCUAGGGGAACGAGAAGUAGAGGCGCAAGCUUGUUACAGUCUUGGAAAUACAUAUACUUUGUUACGAGAAUUUUCAACUGCUAUUGACUAUCAUCACCGUCAUCUAGCUAUAGCACAAGAAUUAGGUGAUCGGGUUGGAGAAGCUCGCGCUUGCUGGUCCCUUGGUAACGCGCACUCGGCUAUAGGGAAUCAUGAAAAAGCGUUGCUGUAUGCCGAAGCUCAUCUUAAUCUUGCCGUGGAAUUACAGGAUUCUGUUGGGGAAAGUACAGCUAGGGUCAAUAUUUUUGACUUGCGAAAAUUACUUGGAUUGCCGGCCUCGCCAAUUGAGAGUGAAGAACGUUCAAUUGCAUCAGAUAUUUCAGCUGGUAUUGAUCAGCGGUCCGACAGUUCAGGAAGUUCACAGAGUCGUAUGGUUCGAGUAAGGCGCCAAAGUAUGGAACAAUUAGAUUUGAUAAAAAUUACACCUGAUGGAAAACGUGCAGAACAAAUAAAUAUACAAGAACAAAAACACAACCAAAAUGCUUCCGAAAUCAAAGGGCAUGAUGAAGAUUUCUUUGAGUUUUUAUCACGUUCUCAAUCUAAACGAAUGGAUGACCAACGUUGCUCAAUUAAAAUUGCCAAAAAUCCACCAAACUCAUCUUUACCAAAGGUAGGGGGGACAUCUUCGCUGACAUCAAGCACCGGUGCAACACGUAAGCCGUUAGCGCCACAAAACUCCAUGACAAGCAGCAAUGCCGGCGAUGAGGUUGUUUCUGCCGCUAAAUCGUCCAAUAAUUCGAAUGCUAGUUCUGGACCCACUUCAGGCAGUCAUCAUGGACACGGUCAACUUGCACGCAGUAAUACAACCACUCAACAACCUGAUGAUGCCUUUUUGGAAAUGCUCAUGCGUUGUCAAGGUUCACGUCUAGAAGAACAGCGCUCUGAACUCCCACGAUCCAACAUUACAAUGGACGCAGAAGCACCAACACGAGCCAGUGCCAUAGAUAGGGGUCGUAGUGGUGGUAACAGUGCUGCUGGUGGCAGGACCGUACCAGAUGAAGAUUUUUUCUCGUUGAUUAUGAAGGUACAAAGUGGUCGCAUGGAAGAUCAGAGGGCAGCAAUACCUGGUUUUGGAGGAUUUCCCCAACGCAGUACAGGCAAUGGAGCGGCAGCAGGUGGUACGGGUGUGAAUGCGGCCAACAGCACUAAUAACACGACGCCAAAGUAAUCUUGAUGUAUGUGUGUAUCUACAUACAAUUUAAAUAGCUGUUAGAUGUGGCAAGCGCAAGUCUUUUUAAAAAGUCUAUCGAACUCAACUGAUUGCAGCAGCAGGUAAACCUUGCAUGUAAAAUGACUUUCGAAAGCAGUUUUUAUUUUCGAAAAUCAAAUUUUCCGAUUCUGCCUUCUGUCUGUUUUCUCCGUGAAUG